UACACCGUUUGCUUUCAUGUAAAGUCAGUCCUGUCGCUCAUAAUAUAUAUUUUUAUGAAAAAAAAUGUAUCGUUCUCGCCUCGUUUUGGGAAACAUAUUUGUACAAUUUUAACGCAUUGUCUGCGUUGAGUAUUUGUACACUCGCAUGUGUUUCAUCAAAAGCGCGAAAUGUAAAGAUGGAAGAGGACAUAUUGGAAGCUAAUCAAGAUAAAUCGAACGAAAAAAGACCUCAGUUUGGCAACAGAAUACUAUCUAACUAUACCAAUGUAUUUCAACACAAUUCGUGGGACAAUGUUACAUGGGACGAAGAACAGCAAAAAUUAGCUCAACAAAAAGUAAACCAAAAUUCGAUAGUGACGUUUCCGGAUGAAAAGAUCUGGGAGUAUGAACAUGAAGCUAAUAAAUAUUGGGAUAAAUUUUAUGGAAUACACGAGAAUAAAUUUUUCAAGGAUAGGCACUGGCUAUUUACUGAAUUUCCAGAGCUAGCCAUGACCAAUGUAAAACAAAAUAUUAAACAGCCUCUGAGAUCUGUGUCCAAGGACAUGGACGGAAAUAGCACAGAAACUCAUAUUAAAAUUCUCGAUCUACCUAGUUCUAAUGGGAGUAAAAUUUUGGAGAUUGGCUGUGGGGUAGGAAACACAGUGUUUCCGAUACUUUUGUACAACACGGAUCCAAAUUUAUUUGUAUAUUGUUCCGACUUCUCCACGAAAGCAAUAGACAUACUGAUGCAGAAUCCUUCGUACGAUACAUCCAGGUGUAAGGCAUUUGUUCUAGAUGCGACGCAAGAAGAAUGGGAAACACCUUUUGAACCAGAAAGUCUGGACAUUGUAGUGCUAAUAUUUGUUCUUUCGGCUAUAAAUCCAAACAAAAUGAAACAUGUUAUACAACAGGUGUACAAAUAUUUAAAACCAGGUGGAUUAGUUUUGUUUAGGGAUUAUGGGAGAUACGAUUUAGCCCAACUGAGAUUCAAACAGGGCAGUUGCCUUGCAGAAAAUUUUUAUGCCAGAGGGGAUGGAACCAGAGUAUAUUUUUUUACACAAGAAGAAGUUAAGACACUAUUCGCGAGUUGCUGCUUUGUGGAAGAACAAAAUUUAGUAGACAAGAGGCUGCAAGUUAAUAGAGGGAAACAGCUUAAAAUGUAUAGAGUAUGGAUUCAAGGAAAAUAUAGAAAAUAAAUUGAACAUGUUAUU